CCUCAAACCAGAAGGCUAACUAGAGCAUCUAUAAAAACAGAACCAUUCCUCUCUUUCUCUCUCCAUCUUCUCUCUCUGUUACCAACAUUUUCAAUAGCCAUUAAUAUACAACACAACUCUCAUAGAGAAAAAGAACAAAUUUUGCUUUGUUUUCUGUGCCCAUUUUCUCUUCUUGAAACACAAAAUACAACAACCCCAUUUCCUUCUUUCUGAUUUUUUCUGUUGCAAUUUUUUUUUUCAUUUUCUGAGGAAAAAAAAGGAAUCUUUUUGUUCUUUAAGCAAAAUUUAGUGGUGAGUUUGAGCUAUUUGUCUGUCUUUCUGACAUUCCAAUGGCAUAAAAAAAAAUCUCACCUUUUUUCUGCAAUUUUUCAGAGAAAAAAAACUCAUUUUCAAGAAUCCCCUGUUUCCACCCCAAACCCCACAAAAUUUAGUGGUGAGUUUGAGCUAUUUUCUGUCUUUUUGACAUUCAAAUAGCAAUUUUUUUUAGAAAAAAAUCUUUUUUUUCCUGCAUUUUCACAUUUUCAAGAAUCCCCUGUUUUUUUUUGGGCAAAAAAUAAAAAUAAAUAAAAAUGGAGAGGUUAUCAACAAGAAAUAUUCUUCCUGAUACAUUUUAUGGAACAAGAGAUGAUAUAACAGAACAAUUUGGUAUAAUGUGGGAACAAAUCAAAGCACCAUUGAUUGUUCCACUUUUAAGGAUUUCAGUGUUUUUAUGUCUUGUUAUGUCUGUAAUGUUGUUCAUUGAAAGAGUUUACAUGUUUGUUGUGAUUACAUUGUUGAAAGUGUUUGGUAGAAAACCAGAAAAAAGAUACAAAUGGGAGCCAUUAAAAGAUGAUGUUGAGCUUGGGAAUUCAUCUUAUCCUAUGGUUCUUGUUCAAAUUCCAAUGUAUAAUGAAAAAGAGGUUUAUCAGCUUUCAAUUGGAGCUGCAUGUGGACUUUCAUGGCCUUCUGAUCGUAUUAUAGUGCAAGUUCUUGAUGAUUCAACAGACCCCAUCACUAAGAAUUUGGUGGAAAUUGAAUGCCAAAGAUGGGCAAGCAAAGGAAUAAAUAUAAAAUAUGAAGUGAGAGACAAUAGGAGUGGGUACAAAGCAGGUGCUUUGAAAGAAGGAUUGAAGCAUUCUUAUGUGAAACAAUGUGACUUUGUUGCUAUUUUUGAUGCUGAUUUUCAACCUGAACCUGAUUUUCUAUGGCAUACAAUUCCAUUUCUAGUUCACAAUCCUGAACUUUCCCUUGUUCAAGCUAGAUGGAAAUAUGUUAAUGCUGAUGAAUGUCUAAUGACAAGAAUGCAAGAAAUGUCAUUGGAUUAUCAUUUCUCUGUGGAGCAAGAAGUGGGCUCUUCUACACAUGCUUUUUUCGGAUUUAAUGGCACUGCAGGUGUUUGGAGAAUCGCCGCAAUAGAUGAGGCUGGAGGUUGGAAGGACAGGACAACAGUCGAGGAUAUGGACCUUGCUGUCCGUGCUAGUCUCAAGGGCUGGAAAUUCUUGUACCUUGGUUCUGUCAAGGUAAAAAACGAAUUACCAAGUACAUUGAAGGCCUAUCGUUAUCAACAACAUCGUUGGUCCUGUGGCCCGGCCAAUCUCUUCAGGAAAAUGUGUAUGGAGAUCAUAAGAAACAAGAAAGUGUCUUUGUGGAAGAAGGUUCAUGUGAUUUACAGCUUCUUCUUCGUGAGGAAGGUCGUAGCUCAUAUUGUUACUUUCGUAUUCUACGUUGUGGUAUUACCCGCUACUGUCUUAGUACCUGAUGUUGAGGUUCCGAAGUGGGGAGCUGUCUACAUUCCUGCCAUCAUUACUCUACUCAAUGCUGUUGGAACUCCAAGGUCCCUUCACCUGCUGGUAUUUUGGAUCCUUUUCGAGAAUGUCAUGUCACUCCAUCGAACUAAGGCCACCUUCAUCGGCUUGUUGGAGGCAGGACGAGUGAAUGAAUGGAUUGUCACGGAGAAAUUAGGGGACGCUCUCAAGUUAAAAUCAGCUACCAAAGCAUUUAGAAAACAUCGAAUGAGGCUUGGUGAUAGGAUUCAUUUGUUAGAGUUUGCUGCUGGCGCGUACCUCUUCUUCUGUGGAUGUUAUGACAUUGCAUUUGGUACUAACCACUAUUUCCUCUACCUCUUCAUUCAAGCAUUCGCCUUUCUCAUCGUUGGAUUUGGUUACGUUGGAACUUUCAUGCCCAACUCUUAGCCAACGCUCGUGAAGCUUAAGCUUUUUCGCCCUGUGCUCCCCUUGGUAGCACCAAAAGAAGUGGCGUUUUCAGUGGCGUUGCACGCCUUUCUUGUUUUUGGGUGAUUUUUGUUCAUUUGUAAAAAGAAGAAUAGUUGGUUAUAUUCUUUUUAGGUAAUUUUAAACAUAAAAGUGAUUCGUGGGCUCGAAUCCUGUUUGUUCUCUGUGUAUAUUCAAGAAAGAGUCCUAUGGUUAAAUGCAGCAGCAUAUACAUUGAAGAAGAUAUGCAAGAAAGAAACAAAUGAAGAAAACAAGAAAGUAAAAGUUGAAUCUGUUUUUUUCCCCUUUCUUUUACUUAGAUGUAAUUUGGUUUCAAAUUUCAAUACAGAGUGAAAGUUUCAGAGUUAA